CUUCUUCUUCUUCUUCUUCCUCUUCUUCUUCCCCUUCCUCUUCUCAUCCUCUUCCUCUCCUCUUCUUCUUCUUCUUCUUCCCCCCUCAUCCUCUUCUUCUUCUUCUUCUACCUCUUCCUCAUCCUCAUCCUAUUCUUCUUCUUCUUCUUAUUCAUCCUCAUCCUCCUUCUUCUUCUUCUUCUUCAUCCUCAUCUUCUUCUUCUUCAUCCUCAUCCUCUUCUUCUUCUUCUUCAUCAUUCUCAUCCUCUUCUUCUUUCUUCUUCUUCUUCUUCUUCAUCCUCAUCCUCUUCUUCUUCUUCUUCUUCUAUACUCAUCCUCAUCCUCAUCCUCUUCUUCUUCUUCUUCUUCUUCUUCAUCCUCUUCUUCUUCUUCUUCUUCAUCCUCAUCCUCUUCUUCUUC